AUGUCCUUCAGCCCGAAGCACUCCACCCCCUUCUCAGUCAGCGACAUCUUGAGCCCGAUGGAGGACAGCUACCGGAGGUUCAGAGGCAUGGAGCCCGCCGCGGGGGGCCUCGGGUCCCCGCUGGGCGCCUACCGGCAGCCGCAGGUCUCCCAGCCCGCCGUCGCCGCCGCCGCCAUGGGACCCGCGGGGCCGUACCACCACCACCACCACCACGCGCCCCACGGGGUGCCGCAGUUCUCCGGGGCCGGCGGAGGGUUCUGCAACGGCGGCCUCGGAACAGUGGGAGACCUGCAGUCCUACCAGGAGACGCGGAGCGGCGGCGGGGGGGCGGCGUGGUACGGGAACCCGGAGCCCCGGUACCCGACAAUCUCCAGGUACAUGGGCCCCUCCGCCGGGAUGAACAUGACCGGGAUGGUGGGCAGCUUCUCCGGGAUGGACGCGGCCGCCAAGUCCAUGGUGACGCUGCACGCGGCGCCGCGGAGGAAGCGGCGCGUGCUCUUCUCGCAGGCGCAGGUGUACGAGCUGGAGCGGCGCUUCAAGCAGCAGAAGUACCUGUCCGCCCCGGAGCGCGAGCACCUGGCCGGCCUGAUCCACCUCAGCCCGAACCAGGUCAAGAUCUGGUUCCAGAACCACCGCUACAAGCUGAAGCGGCAGACCAAGGACAAGCAGCCGCUGCAGCACGACGCGAGCGGCGGUGGCGCGAGCGCGGCGGCCCACCGCUCCUCCUCCGCGUCCCCGGUGCUCUCCAAGAACGGAAAGGGCUGCCAGAGCGACUCCAACCACACCGGGAACCGACAGGGCGGCGCGGGGGACGUGAUGACGGUGAGCCAGCUGUCGUCCACCGAGGAGCUGGACGACUUGUCCCCGAGUCCGCCGCUCGGCCUGCACGCGCAGGUCCACAUGACGCAGACGGACGCGGCGCUCAUAGAGUACACGAACAGCAUGAUCGGCUCCAACCUACUGUACGGGAGGACUUGGUAG